AUGUCAACAUCACAUAUUUCACCUCCUAAUCCAUCAACAACAAACGCUUCUAGUCAAUCCGAUGAUCGUAGUGGUGUAAAAAUAGCCGCAGGAAUUAUAGGUUCAAUAAUCUCAUUACUCAUUGCUGCAGGAAUAAUAAUAUAUUAUCGUCGUAAACGUGUAAGGUCCAAAGAAAAUUCUGCUGAGUUAUCCAUAAAGGAUGAAUCUGAUAUGAUUUCAAAUGUUGCUACGGCUGCAAAAAGUACUGAAGAUAAUAAUAGUGCAUUAAGUAAUAUAAUGGUAACAAAAGUAAGCAGUGUUAGAGUUUUUCAUGAUACUGAUGAUUAUAGUGGUAGAAAUUCAAGUACUACAAUCGGUUUGAUUUCUACUACUGGUGGUGCUGAUGAUGGUGAUGAUAAUUCAUUUUCUGAAUACA